UUUCUAUGUCAUCCUAAAUUACCGCCACCUGCAGAUAAUUGUGAGCAAGAUUAUAUUAGUCUUGUUCUCUAUAAUAAGCCAUUUCUGCAAGAAUGUUUAUUCGCUAAUUAUCUGGGUCUUCCGCAAACGAUUUUUUAUGAUAAUUUCAAUGAAGCAUGGAAAAAAGUUCCAUUAAAAGCAAUUCGUGGGCUUAGAUAUAUCAAGAUGUAUAGCAAAAUUCCUUAUACUGAAAAGUAUGAAUUACAUCGAUACUACCUGAUCGAAGACAUCAAAACUCUUUAUGAUGAAUUCAUAGUCCUUGUCCUCCAAAAUAAAGACAAUGAUUUUAUUGCAUCAUGGAAAUUGGAUAAACAAAUGAAAGGCAGAAUUUAUAUGGAAGAAAUCAACAAAUAUUCAAAAGAGCAAUCGUCGGCCCAAUCAACUAUUUUACGUAGUAAUAUGAUCAAAUUGGGAAAGAUCCUGGAUUCUUUGAUGGAAGAAAGAUCAAUUGAUGACAAUCGUCCAAAGUAUGAACUGGAUAUUUUAUAUGAUUGUCUUGAUGCAAAAAACGCGUUUUCAACCACUGAUCAAUUGCUUUUGAACGAGAAAGAAUUCAAAAUUAUGAGGGAAUCUUUAGUUGCAAU